AUUAUCUCUACGAGCACCGGGAGGGGUCCAAAGUCGAUAGGUUGACAAGCGGGGCCUAUUAUAAAAAGAUAGGCGCCAUUAUUAUCGCUUUUUUUCUUUCAACCACGUCUUUGAGAUUCUUCUGAGAAUACUACCUUUCAGAGAAAUAAUUUCUUUUUGAAUACCUAUAUUGUGAUCAUCUGUCAAUAUGGCAACGGUAGCUGUUAUCGGAGCUGGGGUUUUAGGCCUCACUACAGCUGUAGCUUUGCAGCGUAGGAUGCCAUGGGUCAGUGUAACACUCAUUACAGAACGCUUGAGUCCAGAAACUACAGGAGAUGGAUCUGCAGGUUUCUGGGAGCCUUAUUUACUUGGAGACACACCAUCUGACAAUGUCUUACGGUGGUCCAAAAGAUCUUAUGAUAUUUUCUGUGAGUUGUGGAAAAGUCCUUUGGCUGGUGAUGCAGGAGUAUCACUGGUACCCGUGAUAUAUGUAUCUGAAGACUCAAAUCAAUCAUUACCAGACUGGAGACAAGUUGUUUUGGGAUUCAAGGAAAUGAAUAAAACUGAAAUCUCACAAUUCAGUUCCCAAUUUGGAAAACAGUACAGGUUUGGGUUCCGGUACAUUUCAUUCACCUGUGAGCCUACAAAAUACCUGCCUCUGCUACUUCAGGAGUUCAAAACACGAGGAGGGAUUUUGCAGUUAUCUCGAGUCUCUUCUUUGAAUGAAUUAGCAAGUUCCAGAUAUAGCGUUGUUGUCAAUUGUACUGGUUUGCAAGCAAGAUUUGUUGUGCCAGAUUUAGAUAUGCAUCCUAUCCGUGGUCAAGUAUUGCGGGUUAAAGCACCGGAUGUGUUUCACUGUUUCAUGGAUGACAGUAACAACGGAUGCUACAUAAUUCCAAAUCAUGAAACAGUGAUAUUAGGAGGUACAAAACAAAAUGACUGGAAUUUAAAAGUAGAUCCUAAAGAUUCUCAAUUCAUUCACUCAAGCUGUUGUAGUGUUUUACCACAACUCAGAGGAGCACAAAUAGUCAAGGAAUGGGUAGGAUUACGACCUGGUAGAUUUCAGGUUCGUUUAGAAAGGGAAUCUCGUAAACUACCAAAUGGACAAGAAAUAGAGAUUGUUCACAAUUAUGGCCAUGGAGGAGCGGGGGUAACACUUUCGUGGGGAUGUGCAGAAGAAGCAGUUGACAUAGUACACAAAAUUCUUGAAGAAAAGACACCUAGGUCUAUGUUAUAGGUAAAGCCUUCAAUUAAACAUUUCUAAAAAUGGCCAAACCAAAUUACAUGUUUUAACGUUUCCCAGGGUGAAAUAAUUUGAACUACAUCCAUUCAAGGUAAUUUUUAUCUUUGAUGUAUUAGAUUAUGGUUGUUCAAGAGGCAGCCCGUGGUGCCAUUCAUUGUGGUUCGUGAAAGGUAAUAAGUUAAAAGUGUAAGUCUAUGUCAUGUAAAAAUAUUGUGUGCCUAGCACAUGUCCCCUACCAAAGUUGACCCUCCUUUAUAACAUAAAAAUUAGUUAAAUGGAAUGGGUGAAUACCAGAUCAGUAUAAGUGACAUUGUAUAAAUUCUGAGAAAAAACGUGUUAUAUAAGACUAUAUUUCAGUGACAAUGUAAUUUCCUGGUUUUAAUGAACAGCUGAAAUCCCAUGGUUUUAAUGAUGACAUAAAGAACUUUACAGUGAUAUUAAAUUAAAUAAACAGUUUUCUC